AAGGAACUACAGACAGCUCCAGAGUCGUCACAGCAAUCCUUUGGAAAACAAACAUUCAAACCGAUGUUGUCGCAUUGCUCAGUCUCGCCGUCGAUCUGGACGGUAGGUCCGCUAAUCCCCAUUGGGCGAUGCCGAUCCGCCGGUAUGACUUCAGACAUCCGAUAAAUAAAUCUUGACGGAUAACCCGUCACUCCCAGCUCCUCAAUCCGUCAAUCCACAAAUCCACGCCAGUCAAUGGCGCAAUAUCCUCUUCGCACGGCAUAAUGAUUAUAUGGCCAAUAUGCAAUCCAUAUUACGUUUUCGAUUGAGCCCGAUUCGGUCGGCUGUCACACAAGCCCGAUGGAGGUGCGCACCUCGUCCGAUCCUGGCACCGACUGUUUCCUCUCGAUACGCAACAACCAACGCAGCUGCAACAGCGAUCUCUAAGAAGCUCGACUUGCGGGCCCUGGAUAAAAAAUGGCAGGAGAGAUGGCACACGGAUGCCUUGAAAUCCCCUAUCAAGGCGGAGGCGGACGCAAAACCCAAGUCAUACAUCCUGUCGAUGUUCCCUUACCCGUCGGGGACUUUACAUAUGGGGCAUCUCCGCGUGUAUACAAUCUCCGAUGUACUGGCUAGGGUUUACCGGAUGCGUGGGCAUGAAGUUCUUCAUCCAAUGGGCUGGGAUGCGUUUGGCUUGCCAGCGGAAAACGCGGCAAUUGAACGCGGGAUAGACCCAGCGGAAUGGACGCAGAGUAACAUAUCGAAGAUGAAGGAGCAGCUGCGGAGUAUUUCGACAUCUUUUGAUUGGGAUCGGGAACUUGCGACGUGCGCACCGGAAUUUUACGAACACACCCAACGGAUAUUCCUUAUGCUCUACGAGAAGGGUCUUGCAUACCAGGCUGAAGCGGUAGUCAACUAUGACCCCGUGGAUAAAACGGUGCUGGCUAAUGAGCAGGUCGAUGCCAAUGGCUUCUCUUGGCGUUCGGGAGCUAAGGUUGAGAAGUUGAAGCUGAAGCAAUGGUUUUUCCGUAUCACUGCCUUCAAGGAGAUGCUUCUGAAAGAUCUUGAUUCCUUGGCGGGCGGCUGGCCGGAGCGGGUGCUUUCCAUGCAACGAAAUUGGCUUGGGAAAUCGCAGGGUGCAAAGAUCAAAUUUCCUGUUACUGUUGGGAGCAAUACUGGGGCAGACAUCGAUAUAGAUGUUUUCACCACCCGGCCAGAUACCCUUUACGGGGUCGAGUAUCUCGCCCUUUCUCUCAACCAUCCAAUUGUGCUAGAGGCCGCAGAGAAGGACCCGGAGCUGCGCAAGUUUCUGGACACUGCCGUGUCCCUUCCGCCCGAUUCAAAAGCUGGCUAUAGACUGAUUAGCGUCACUGCUUCCCACCCUCUGCACGUUAUUGACAAAGAGAGCCCCCAUGUUGCUCGUCAACUACCCGUAUUUGCAGCGCCGUACGUCCUUAGCGACUACGGCGAGGGGGCAGUGAUAGGAGUGCCAGGACACGACGCCAGAGACCUCGCGUUUUUCAGAGACAACGUGAACCCCGAUUCCAUUACCGUCGUCGUUGAACCUCAAACGGAGGAUGGGCCCGGCGCUAGCAUCAUUUCCUCUGCUGAUGCGAAGGCUUUCACGCAGGAGGGUUAUUUGAACUCACUGUGCUGGAAGUACGAGGGUCUCCAUUCUCGCGAGGCUAAGAAGCAGAUCGUCACCGAUCUGAAGCAGGUUGGACGCGGCGACUUCAUCGAGCAAUGGAGACUCAGAGACUGGUUAAUCAGCAGACAGCGCUACUGGGGUGCUCCCAUCCCAAUCAUUCACUGCGGUGAUUGCGGCCCUGUACCUGUUCCAGCAGACCAGCUCCCGGUCAAGCUGCCCAAAAUCGAAGGCGACUGGCUGAAAGGCAAGCGAGGAAACCCUCUCGAGUCAUCGCAUGAGUGGGUGAACACGAAAUGUCCUAGUUGUGGAGGCCAUGCUAAGCGGGAUACGGACACCAUGGACACAUUUGUCGACUCUUCGUGGUAUUAUCUCCGAUUCUUGGACCCGGCAAACAAGGAACAGCCGUUUUCGCCCGCGGCAGUGCGACCGGUCGAUGUCUACAUCGGCGGCGUCGAACACGCGAUCUUGCACCUGCUUUACGCUCGAUUCAUCUACAAAUCCCUCUCCCAGUCGGAAUUGUUUCCAGAAAUAGCUCGAACCAGUGACGUUGCGACGCCGUUUGAACCAUUCAAGACUCUCCUCUCCCAGGGUAUGGUCCACGGCAAGACGUACUCGGAGCCGUCCACAGGUCGAUUCCUGCUCCCUUCCGAAGUGGAUCUUUCCAGGCCCGAUAAGCCGCUUAUCAAGGGAACCCAGAUAACACCGACCCUGUCCUUUGAGAAGAUGUCCAAGAGCAAGCACAACGGUGUCGACCCGACUGGAUGCGCAUUGAAGUACGGCGCCGAUACCACCCGUGCCCAUGUUCUCUUCUCUGCCCCAGUCAGCGAGGUCCUGGAAUGGGACGAGACGAAAAUCGUGGGCAUUGAGCGUUGGUUUGGUCGCCUCUGGAAGCUGGUGAUCGAUGCGCAGCAAAGUCUGGCGUCGUCCUCGUUUACCCUGAAGCGGGAAGAUCUAGGUGCUUCCUCCGGACAUGCGACCGGUCUUCCCAGCUCUUUACAAGCCCUGAGCGACAGCGAUGCGAACACCGUGCUUUCCACCCACCGAACCAUAUGCUCCGUCACCAACUGCAUUGAGAAGAACCCGUACGGGCUGAACACCGUCAUCUCCGACCUGACAAAAUUGACGAAUUCCUUGUGGUCAUCGGCACCCAGCUCACCGCAGGUUCUCUAUUUAUCCAUCUCCUCUCUGCUCCGGCUUCUUUCUCCCAUUGCUCCCGCGCUGGCAUCUGAAUGUUGGGAGAUCCUCAAUGAUCCCGUGACUGCGGGGAACUCCGCCGGCGCAUCCACCAGUGUCCCGGCCAUCUUUGACUGUCCCUGGCCAUCCCCUCUUUUGAGUUCCGAGGACGUCGACAUUCUGUCUGCGCGUGGCGGUCAAACCGUUGCUGUCCAAAUCAAUGGCAAAUUGCGGUUUACGACCACGAUCCCCCGGCGGCUUUCCCCCACGACACCAGCCGAAUCCAACGGCACCGCCACCGAUGAACAAGACUGGAUCAUCAGUCGGAUACUGGAGACCGACGAAGGACAGUUGUGGCUGCGGAAAAAGAACGAUUGGGAGAAACGGAGGCGGGUGAUUGUCGUCAAGGGCGGCAAGUUGGUCAAUAUCGUUUUCUAGCGCGGUCAUCCAGCGUCUGGAAUCCUGUUGUAAAUUAUAAACCGCGAAAGCCUGUAGCUAUAAACUUUUUCUGCAUGUAUACUAGACAAAGCCAAAUCCCCUCCUUGAAGCGGCAGUUCCAACACGCAGUCGGUUCUGGCGAUACCUUUGGGGAGAAAUUGGCCAACCGGGCCUGUGAAUUUGGGGGAGGCCGUUCGCCCGCCGACGAUGGCGCAUUUCCUGAUCAGUUGAGUUCCGUGAAUCCGGAUGCCGUGGCUACCCUGCGGGCAAAAAAGUUGGGGCCAACGAAAUCAUCGCGUGAUGUGGCCGGAAGGGCGACGCGCCGCUCGGAUGAGGAGGUGGAGACGCUUCCCCUCAUGGGUGCC